UGGAAGCGCCGGCGUCGGCGUCGGCGUCCUCGUCGUCAGCAUCCUACCGGCUCGAGGAGACUGAGUUGGUCUCGCGCGAAGGUUCGGGCCGCACACGGUUCGCCGAUCCUCCGUCAGCCGCCGACGCGUAAUCUCAAUGGAACGCGCGCUCCGAGCAAGUGUCCGUCCCGGUUGCUGAUCGAUAACCCGAUCGAUCGAUCGCGUUUGGUUCGCGUGCACGGUGCCGAUCGCGGCGAAACGUGUCGCGGUGUGAGGAUCGCUCCCGCGAAGGAAGACGGUCCUUCGAGCGUCGCGAACCAAGUGGCAAUUCGAUUUUUGUUUUAAGUGCGCCGAGGAGGAAUGAUCUAGCUAGGCUGGACCGGUGGCCCGUCCGUCACGUUCGUCCGAUCGGGGACCGUAUCGCCGAGGGGGGCCCGCAGGGAUCCCGGCUGCGAGUCCGGUUUGCACGCCGCUCGCCAGCGGACCGUCAGCCUCUGAGAGCAUCGUCGGCGGAUUGAAAAAGCGUGCGCGUACGGGUGUGUGUCUCGCCAUGGCCUGCUACGACUGAGAGAGUAACCGCGAGCUUCUUCUCCCGUUUCCGUCGACGAGCACAUCCAAUCCCGGAAUGAUGAUCCGCCACUAUCUGAUGCUGCUCUCGUGGCUGUGCGCCGUGCAAGGGAAAAUAGGGUAUUUCUGGCACAUCACCGACAUCCACUAUGAUCCGAGGUAUUCCACCCAGGGAAACGCAGCUAGCAUGUGCUGGGACACGAGAAACAACGGCGACAGCAGUCGGAUACGGCUCGACAGAAAGCUGGCAGGGGAGUUCGGCGACUAUAACUGCGAUUCACCGUGGGCCUUGAUCGAAUCAGCGGCGAGGGCAAUGAAAUCGGCGCGCGGCGAAGGAAUCGAAUUUGUCCUCUGGACGGGUGACGCGCUGACGCGCACCGCCGGCAUGAACGCCGAGCUACGUCUGCAGUGUUUGCGGAAUUUGACCGAUCUGUUGUCCCGCACGUUUAAGGAACAAUUUGUGUUCCCGGCGCUCGGACACGAGGACCUCGGAGUAAGCUUCUCGCAACUGGCCGUGGUCUGGCAGCAAUGGCUGCCGCAGGAAGCUCUGGACACGUUUCAAACCGCCGGAUAUUACACGAUAGAGCAGCGCUCGAAAAAGUAUCGAAUCAUCUUCCUCAACACAAAUUUGUGGCUGAACGUGACGAAGAACCGUAUGCUGCAUCGCACGGCGGCCAUCACGAUCGAUAACACGGAAGAUCCUUUCGGUCAAUGGGCCUGGUUCACGACGGCCCUCGACAGUGCGAGGAGGAAGGAGGAAACGGUGUACAUCGUCGGGCACACGCCGCCAGGUGUGGACGAGCGGGACAGCGGCGCGGCUGCCUUCAGCGAGAGCCACAACAACAGAUACCUGCAGCUUGUCCGGCAAAACGCGGACAUCAUUGGCGGCCAGUUCUUCGGCCACUGGCACUCGGAUACAUUCCGCGUGGUUUACACCGACGGCGGUGAGCCGGUAUCUUGGAUAAUGAUGGCACCCAGUAUAUCGCCGAGCACGCCCGGGGGGCCCAACAAUCCAGGUUUGAGACUCUACAAGUUCGAGACCAGCACCGGUCAGGUCCUGGAUUAUACGCAGUACUAUCUUGAUCUGCCGGAUGCGAAUUUACACGGGAAGGCGAACUGGCGGGUUGAGUACUCUCUCCUCGAGCACUACGGCCUCCACGAUAUAACUGCGAUCAGUCUUCACGACUUGGCCGACCGGCUCACGCAGGUCAAUGAUAACGCUUUCGUCAGAUAUUACGCGGCGAACACGGUCUUCCUGCCGCGGGAAGUCGAGCAGAUUUGGGGCUGCGGCGGCCCUUUGAACGGAGCCUGCGCCCUGCACCACUACUGCACCGUCACCCGGCUGAACCUCGAGUCCUACAAGGAGUGUUACUCGUCGUACGCGUACGCGCUCUCGUCCACGGGGCCGUCCACGGCGCCGUUGCACCUCACGAUCCUCCAUCUGCUGGUCCUGCUGGCCUGCGCGGAGCUGUACAGGAACCGGUAGGCGACGGCGCGGCCGUCGACGGACGAGGGACAGCUGCGAGCAGGAGCGACACAGCCGAUGCACGCUGCAUCAGCAACACCUUCGACCCUCUGCCGGCAACCUCGGUCCGCCGGGUCUGUCGAAAGCCGGCGCGACGAAGGGCGCGGCGAGGGCUCGCUGCGAGUUCCAGCUCCAGGAUAACCGGUCUAUCUUGUCUCUGUGUCUGUCUCUUUGUCUCUACGUCUUCUCUCUAAGCGGGGAAAGGGUGCGCGGGGCUCGGGAACGCGACGCGAAGCGACGCGAUGCGAUGCGAUGCGACGCGACGCGACGCGAUGCGCCCUUUCAGCGACCGGGGCGAACACGAUCGAACGAUCGUUUAAUUACCCGGCCCGCGAAAUUUCACGGUCCCGAGCGCAAUUGGCAUCCGGUUUGGUGGCGAGUGGUUUCACGGACGGGGCACGGACGAAGCCGGGGGCGGUCGGCUGCUCGGGGCUUCCGCCGGGGAGACCCCGGUGCGAUGACCUCCCGUGACCGCGAAACGGGGGGGAAGGGGGGCAGCCAGGGUCAGAGAGAGAGACCGAAGGUCCUCCGCGACGCGAGUCGGACGGGGAUAACAGUCAUUGAUGUUGUACUUACUUCUCUUAAACGUUCGGUGUACGUUGUUUUAAGACGGGAGAUUCAUUGUAGCGCGAGUCCAGCGCCGAAUUGCCGUUUGGUCGAUGGACCACGGCCGACGGAGUGAACACUGUGCAUGUCUGUCUCUGUGUGGCUGUGCGUCUGCCGCGUUUUGGCUGUAAGAGCGGCUGCGACCGCGUACGCGAUCGCUGGAUCCGAGCGGAACGGCGGCAUCGACGCCCGGUAUUCGCGGGCGCCGAUAUCAGCGCGAACACGUGUGUCUCUCUCCGUCUUUUUGGUGGACGCCGAGACGCAUGCGACGAGAACGUAAUAGCUUCGAGAGCCAUGAUAUUCGUACCAACGUUUUGCGAUUGUCGGAACAAUACAGUAUUUCUUAAUAAAGGAAUCAUGGAUUUGUA